CUGGUGUUGUUCCACGGGCUGGGUCGGUUGCCGAUCUGGCUUGCUCUUCUCCCAUCGCAUCUUCGAGACCGCUCAUCGACACCACGCGAUUGUCAUAAACCGACUGGAUGCUUUGCGUGAUAGAUAUCCAGAUGACGUCGGAUAUCGUCAAAUAUUCCCGCACCAUUCCAUAAUCUUUCUCUCGAGGCAUGAGUCCCUCCACUGAAACCGACCACGCACCCAUACCUCGUUGUCCAUUCAGGAGACAACCCGGCCAACUUCCUGAGCUUCGGUGCCAAGAUGCAACUGCCGCAAACAGCCUUGCUGGCCAUUCGGGGGCCAUCCCCAAUCCCAUACUUUGACGACGGCACUGGAUGGUUUCCGGCGUUUGAUCAACUUGGAGAAGAGAUCUCGUGGUCGUCGCCCCAAGCUUCCACCGGCGUCCAGAACACUCGCAAGUUGCUUAAAUCACCAGGCAGUGGGAUAGGAUGGCCCCCGGGUCAGAUCUUCUUGCUUGGAUUCGCGCAGGGAGGCACCAUUGCUCUGGAUCUGGCUCUCUGGGGCGAUCUCGAUGCACCUGGGCCUGGGCCUGCUCCAAUCCUAUGUGGUGGUGUGAUAUCGAUCGCCGGAGGGCUCUUUGACGCUGCAUCGUGCGUCCGAGCCAGUCUCCCCGUCGAACGCAGACAACUCUGGGCAUUAGUCACCAAAGACGACUCGAUCGACGCCUCCGUCGGCCUUGGAACACGGCAGCUGUCGAGGCUCAAGUCGCUUCUCGAGGACCAUGUUCAAGUCGAAGUGAUCAGCGGGAAACAGGGCAUCUCCAUGCCAAACAGCCAUAUCUUCCAGUUUCUAGGAGCACAUCUGGCGUUGCGGAAUCUGAAGCUGGAGGCCAUGUCGGAUGUAGUCCAGAUCAACUAAGGCUCACCCAAGAACAAUAUAGAGUGAAUCCUGUUUGUUUCGAAACACAUCGCCCACAUUAGACUGACGGAUCGCUGACAGAUCGAUGAGCGACUGCCGACCUGCAACUGCAAACUACAACUGCACCCGCC